CUGUUUUUGACAGAUAAUAGAAAGGCAAUUUUGCGGUCCGAUAAACAGAGUGAGGUCUCCGGAUUUCUCAAUAAAGUUGAAUAAUGCGAUAUUCCCUUUCAUUCUGAUUCGAUCAGUUGAUGUGUAAAGAAUUGUAUCACUAAAAAAUGGCGACCAGACGUGUUAUAGUUUAUGGAGGAAAGGGAGCAUUGGGUUCAACUUGUGUAUCCCAUUUUAAAUCAAAAAAUUUUUGGGUAGGCUCCAUUGAUAUGUCUGAGAAUAAAGAUGCAGACUUGAAUAUCUUGGUUGAGAAAGAUGCUGAUCUUGUGCAACAGGAGACUACGAUAUUGAAUACUCUGAAAUCUGCUCUUGGUGGGGCUAAAGUAGAAGCUGUCAUUUGUGUUGCAGGAGGUUGGGCAGGAGGGAAUGCCAAGAAAGAUUUGGCUAAAACUGCAGAUUUGAUGUGGAAACAAAGUGUUUGGAGCUCUGUAAUCUCAGCCAGUAUUGCUGCUCAUCAUUUGAAUGAUGGUGGAGUAGUAACUUUAACUGGUGCUAAGGCUGCCCUAGAAGGAACUCCAGGAAUGAUUGGUUAUGGUUUGGCAAAGAGUGCAGUUCAUCAGUUGACCAAAUCCCUUUCUGGAGAAGAUAGUGGCCUACCACCUAAGUCUUUGGUUGUUUCUAUUUUGCCUAUCACUCUAGAUACUCCAAUGAACAGAAAAUGGAUGCCAAAUGCCGAUUUCACUUCAUGGACACCACUAGAAUACGUAGCUGGAUUAUUACAUGAUUGGAUUGAAAACAAAAACCGCCCAGGAAAUGGUAGCUUGCUUCAACUUUCCACCAAAAAUUCUAAAACUGAAAUCAUUCCAGUACAAUGAAUAAACACCAGAGGUAUAGAUUCCUUAAAAAUGACCAACAAUAUCUAUAUUACUCAUUGUGAAUCUUGAAUUGUUUAUUUUAUUAGAUGUUGUAUGUAAUAUUAUUUAUAUGUUGAAUUUUUGUUAAAUUACUCCAUAAUAAAGGAAGAUGGCUAUUA